ACAAGAAGUUGAAGAUGAGCGGCUCCGGGAAACCGCUUCUGGGGCUUUGGUUGUAUCGGAGUGGCGAAGAGUGGAACUACAAAGAGGAUAGUCCAAUCGGUUUGAAGCCGCAGCAAUCUCAAAGCGAAGAAAAACAACCCGAAGAGAAAGAGAAGCUUUCCAUUAUCUUCACUCUGAAAAAUCAAGUCGGUGGACUGGUUCGGGCUCUGCAAGCCUUCCAAGACCUCGGCAUCAACGUUCAACACAUCGAAUCCAGACAAUCUCAGACCGCCGAGAACCAGGUUGACUUCCUGGUGGACAUCGAGUGCGAGACCCGAAAACUGGAGCAAGUGGGGCGUCUGCUGAAGAGAGAAGUGUUGACUAUGGUGAUUGGAAAGUACGGAGGCUCCGAGGAAAAUGAGUUUCCGCCCCCAACCCCGCUCUCGGCCACUGCUAGUUUCGAUUUCGAUGAGAUGCCCUGGUUCCCCAAGAAAAUAUCGGACAUAGACUUAGCUCAGAACAUUUUAAUGUACGGAAGUGAACUUGACGCCGACCAUCCAGGAUUUAAGGACCCCGUUUACCGCAAAAGAAGGGAGCAGUUCUAUAAAAUAGCUAUGAAUUACAAACACGGUCAACCAAUUCCCAAAGUGAAAUAUACUCCAGAAGAAAUAAAAACUUGGGGAACUGUUUUUCGCGAAUUACAAAAACUGUAUCAACAGCACGCCUGCAAGGAAUAUCUGGAAAACUGGCCACAGUUGGUGAAAUAUUGUGGGUACCGCGAAGACAACAUUCCUCAACUUCAAGACUUGAAUGUUUUCCUGAAGAGAAAAACCGGCUUCCAACUCAGACCAGUAGGGGGAUACUUGAGCGCGAGGGAUUUUCUUGCCGGUUUGGCUUUCAGAGUUUUCCAUUGCACCCAAUAUAUAAGGCACUCGACUGAUCCUUUCUAUACUCCUGAACCCGACUGUUGUCAUGAAUUACUGGGACAUAUGCCUCUACUGGCGAAUCCAACGUUUGCCCAGUUUUCUCAAGAACUAGGACUAGCGUCUUUGGGAGCAUGCCAAGAGGAUAUUGAUAAGUUAGCAACGCUUUAUUUUUUCACCGUGGAAUUUGGUCUAGCUAAAGAAGAAGGGCAGCUUAAAGUGUACGGUGCUGGCUUACUCAGCUCUGUUGCAGAAUUGAAACAUGCAAUAAGUUCCCCAGAAACCGUGAAACGGUUCGAUCCUGAGCUCACUUGUCAACAGGAAUGUAUAAUAACAGACUUUCAGCUGGGAUACUGGUACACAGAUUCAUUCGAAGAGGCGAAAGAAAAAAUGAGGACAUUUGCUGAACAAAUAAAACGUCCUUUUGGCCUACGAUACAAUCCAUACACACAGAGCGUAGAGGUCCUGAGCAAUGAACAGAAAAUUACUGCAGUUGUUUCGGAAUUGCGAGGAGAUCUUUGUAUCGUGAACAGUGCUCUCAAAAAAAUCAGUGCCAGAGAUGCAAAUUUGGAUAUCAACCGCAUUACAACACUGCUCCAAAAAGGACUCGUCACUGGAGAGGAUACACAUUCCGAAGAAGAAAAUAUACCCGAACAUUGACCAUCCACCCUAUAUGUACAUAAAAAUAUAAACAGGAAUUUGUGCACAAUGAAGGCAUUGUAAAAAUAAAUAUCAAAUAUCGAUGA